AGCAAGCUUCUGACUUCAACCUGUGAGCCGUUCACUGCCCUUUCAAAACGGUCAGCUUAAGAAUGAUGCAGGCUACCUCAUGUUGGUGGAUGAGGGCCUCAUCUCGCUUGACACCGACAUGCGCAAGCUGUACCCUGCGCUGGACAAAGCUGCGGCUCGGAUCUUCAAGGGUCUGGACCAAGAGCAGAAGCCUAUCUUUGAGACCAAUGACAAGCCGGUUACACUUGGUCAGAUGCUCAAUCAAUCUAGCGGGUUCGGUAUGGAGUUUGGCGACAAGGUGCCUGAAUGGAAGAAAAUUACGGAGAAGGGCAAGGGAUUCGUGAACAGCUGUAAAGUGGAAAACCUCAUUCACACGCCAAUCACCUUCUCUCCGGGCACGCAUUACGAAUAUGGCAAUUCAGCCGAGUGGUUGGCCUUGAUGUUUCCGACCAUCUCUCAAGGUAGAGAAUAUGAAGAGUUCCUUCAGGACCGCUUGUGCGGGCCUCUGGGUAUGAAGGGCACGACAUUCUUCCCCUUCGGAAAGGCUUGGGACGAUCGACUGAGAGUCCUGAGAUAUGCCCGAGAUGCUGGCGGACGACCAGGUGGGGCCGCCGCACCGGGAGAAACAGUCAAGGAACCCAAAGACUGGACUUGGGAGAAAUUGGAUGGCCAGUUGGACCUUCUGACUUUACCAAGAAAACGAGAGGAGAUAGAAUACCCAGCAGGAGGUGGCGGAGUCUACUCGCGAACGUGUGACUACGUCUUGUUACUUCAACAUCUGAUGCGACACUACCUCUCAUUGGAUUCCUCGUCCAAUGUGACACCUCCCGCACACCCAUUGCUAUCUGACUCCUCGGUCAAAUCCCUUUUCUAUGGCACUCUCAGCCAAGAAGCCAGACCCGCCAUGGAAAAGAUGUUGUCCUGGUACUUGGAUACCGACAUCAGCAGUGGAGAAGCAGAUUGGACCACCGGUAUGUCCCUCUAUGCUCCCAGAGAAGGGAACACAACGAGAACGUGGGGCAGAAAGCGUGGCAGUGUUGGCUGGGGGGGUGCAGCGGGAACCAUGUACUGGAUCGACCCUACAAGUCAAAUUGCGGUCGUUUGGACGACGCAAAUGCUCCCCGGUCAACCGGACUACAUCAGACAGGGAAAGAAGGAUAUCGAGCGCCUCAUCUACGAAAGCUUGGAGUCACGAUGAGAGAUCUGACUACGUGUCAUGCAUCCACUGUAUCUGUAGUCUUGGAGACCCGGGACUGGGCGAGGCAAAUCAAUCUGAAAGUGGUAGUAGAGGCCAGAACCUCCCAGAUACAGGGGAGAGCCCAGUGCAUGGGAUCAGUGACCGCGGAGGGCCAGUUUUCGUCAUCAUGGCACGCUUGUUGCUCAGAGAUAGAUUGCCAUUCUUGUCGAGCUUGGCAUCAAAAGCUGCAUCUGACCAUCGGUACCCGGCAGACAUUCGCCGGAUUGCCAACACCUCAUGUGAUCCGCCCAGAGCCUCAGAGUCCAAAGUGACGUAGUAUUGCGGGUCCAUGUCCAUUCCAUGAACACUCCUUGUCUGUCCGACACGCAUG